AUGGACUUGCAGCUUACCGCAGUAAUUGCAGCCUGGCAGGACCUGUGGAUAACCUCGGUGAUUCUACAAAUUGGUGAGGAAUCCUACAAUUCAAGAGCCAUCAAUGGAAUGAAAGUCAGGAUAAAAGAGAAGAGUAUCACCAAGAGAUCAGUCACUUACCAGCUUGGUUUCCACAGCAUUGAACUGAAUGAGCCUCCUUUGGUACACACAGCAGCCAGUCUCUUUAAAGAGAUGUGUUACCGAUACCGAGAAGAUCUGAUGGCAGGACUUAUCAUUGCAGGCUGGGAUCACCAAGAAGGAGGGCAGGUAUACUCAGUGCCCAUGGGAGGUAUGAUGGUCAAGCAGCCCUUUGCCAUUGGGGGCUCUGGGAGCUCCUAUAUCUAUGGCUAUGUGGAUGCUACUUACCGGGAAGGUAUGACUAAGGAAGAGUGUCUGCAGUUUACGGCUAAUGCUCUUGCUUUGGCCAUGGAGAGGGAUGGCUCCAGUGGAGGGGUGAUCCGCCUAGCAGCCACUGCAGAAUCAGGGGUAGAAUGGCAGGUACUUUUGGGAGAUCAAAUUCCCAAAUUUGCCAGUGCCACUUUACCACCUCCCUGAAUCUAGUAUAUAGUAAAAGACACCCCAUUGUGAUGCAGAAGUCAAUAAAGUUUGAAAAAAAUCCAAAAAAUAAAAAAAUAAAAAUAAA